AUGUCAUUUAGGAGUUUUCAACGAGUCCCUGGAAUGAUCGGGAGGUCAUUGUUCCGUCAAGCAGAUUGCCCGUCUGGCCGUGAGUUGCACCCGAGACUCAGGAUGCUGCAGGCACGGAGCAUACCCCAACUAAGCAUACCCCACCUAAGUAUAUCCCAUUCAGGCAUACCCCACCCAAACAUGCGCCACCCAAACAUACCCCACCCAAGCAUACCCUACCUAAGCAUACCCCACCCAAGCAUACCUCACCCAACAUACCGCACCCAAGCAUACCCCCACCCAAGCAUAUCCCAUUCAAGCAUACCCCACCCAUGCAUACCCCAUCCAAGCAUACCUCACCCAAGCAUACCCCACCCAAGCAUACCCCACCCAAGCAUACCCCACCCAAGCAUACCCCACCCAAGCAUACCCCACCCAAGCAUACCCCACCCAAGCAUACCCCACUCAAGCAUACCCCACCUAAGCAUACCCCACACAAGCAUACCCCACCUAAGCAUACCCCACCCAAGCAUACCCCACCCAAGCAUACCCCACCCAAGCAUACCCCACCCAAGCAUACCCCACCUAAGCAUACCCCACCCAAGCAUACCCCACCCAAGCAUACCUCACCCAAGUAUACCCUACCCAAGCAUACCCCACCCAAGCAUACCCCACCCAAGCAUACCACACCCAAGCACACCCACCCAACAUACCCCCUUACCCCACCCAAGCAUACCCCACCCAAGCAUACCCCACCCAAGCAUACCCCCCUUACCCCACCCAAGCAUACCCCACCCAAACAUACCCCACCCAAGCAUACCACACCCAAGCAUACCCCACCCAAGCAUACCCCACCCAAACAUAUCCCACCCAAGCAUACCCCACCCAAACAUACCCCACCCUUACAUACCCCACCAAGCAUACCCCACCCAAGCAUGA